AAUGCCAACGAGUUGAAAAGCGCACGAACAUGUGACGCAUGUGCAGUUGGCAAAGCUCACAGACACCCCCUCGCACACCCACACAACAGCAUGGUGAGCAAAGCAACCCUUCUGAUGUGCGCUCUCCCUCUCUCUCUCUCUGCUCUCACAAGCGACGCAGUUGUCAGUUGCCAUUUUGCCGCCCGGUCGAGCGUGCGUUUUGUUUUGUUGUUGCGUGGCAAGGCAAGCGCACUGGGAAUAUAAUCAAAGAAAUAAACGCAAUAUCAAGAUGUGAUUAGAAAAGAAGUGGACAGCGACUUCCCUAUAUUGUGACUUGCUUUAUUUUACUGCCAAACUAAACAAUCCAUAAGUUUAUUGAACAAAGUCAACAACAAUAGUGAAAACAAAAGCCACAACAGAAACGCCUCAAACGGAUUCUGCGCAGUUCGCAUGGAAACGGAAGUGUUUGAAGUCAAUAGCUACUCAUUGCAAUCACUGCCAGCUUAAAUUGAAGGAUAAUUGAAGGCUCUUCAUUGACAAUCCUGGAGCGAACGGCGAACACGGCACGUUAUGUGGCCCAGCUCGGAGCGAGGCAGCUCGCGGGCUCUGGAGAUACCCACCAGCCAGCAGAAUGCAGGCGGUAGUAGUCAGCAGGAGACGCUGGCGGACAUUGAGCACAUAUCGACCAUAGCCGGAUCAUUGGCCUCCAUUGGCACGCUCUCGCACACACAGGCGCGCUACUGCACAAAUGAUGCCGGCUAUGAUACGGAGCACACCUCAUUGAACUCGGACUUUGAUGAGGCUGAGCUGCGCAGGGAACUGCUCAGAGAUAAAUGGAAGCUUUUAUUCGAUAUGUUCGAUCCGGAGGGUUUUGGCGAAAUAUCCGUAACAGAAUUUUUGGUCGCAUUAAGAUCUCCCGAAUUUCUAUCCCAAGUGCCUAUGAAUAAGCGUGAACUGCUGUUGGAACGGUCCAAGAAGGCCCAACUGCCCCAUGGGCCCGGCUACGUUACGUUCCAGGACUUUGUCAACGUGAUGAGCGGCAAGCGAACGCGCAGCUUUAAAUGCGCGGUUCAUCAUCGGGAUCGUGAGGUUUGCUCUGAGAACGACUUUCAGCUGGUGCUGAGCGAGCCGCCGCUCUUUAGGAAGAUGGUCCAUGCGGUCGCCCUGGAGGUGCUGCCGGAGGAGCGCGAUCGUAAAUACUAUGCGGAUCGCUAUACAUGUUGCCCGCCGCCAAUUUUCAUCAUCCUGAUCACAAUCGUAGAGCUGGGCUUCUUUGUGUAUCAUACGCUGGCCACGGGCGAGGCGGCGCCAACGGGUCCCAUACCCAGCGAUUCCAUGUUCAUCUAUCGGCCAGAUAAACGGCACGAGAUCUGGCGUUUUGUGCUCUAUAUGGUGCUGCAUGCCGGCUGGUUUCAUCUGGGCUUUAACGUGGUCGUUCAGCUGCUCUUCGGUCUGCCGCUGGAAAUGGUGCACGGCUCGACGCGCAUCGCCUGCAUCUAUUUCUCGGGCGUGCUGGCCGGUUCGCUGGGCACCAGCAUCUUUGAUCCUGAGGUGUUUCUGGUUGGCGCCAGCGGCGGCGUUUAUGCCCUAUUGGCGGCGCAUCUGGCCAAUGUGCUAAUCAACUAUCAUCAGAUGCGUUACGGCGUGGUACGCCUGGCAUUUAUAUUAAUCUUUGCCUCCUUUGACUUCGGUUUCGCCAUCUAUGCGCGCUACGCUGGAGAGGAUUUGCCGCCCGGACAGUUAGCCGCCAGCCCAGCGGCCGUUUCGUAUGUGGCCCAUUUGGCGGGCGCCGUGGCGGGUCUAACCAUCGGACUUCUGGUGCUCAAGAACUUUGAGCAGAAACUGCAUGAGCAGCUGCUCUGGUGGAUAGCGCUGGGCACCUAUAUGGCCCUGGUCGUCUUUGCGGUCGCCUUCAAUGUGCUCAACGGUGUGACGCUGUUCAAUAUGCGCGUAGAGAAGAUACGCUUCACCCAAACGUACUUUAAUGACUUUCAAGUCUAGCAGAAAGAGCUCUGAUGAUUAGAAUUAUUGAUUUUUGUUUUGCGAUUCGUUGAAGUUUUUUGUUAUUUAGUUUAUUUGUUUGCCAACUGGACAGUGAAUAAGUUUAUAGUUUCUAUUCAAUUGUUUUUGUAAGUUCAUUUACUGCGUGCAAUAUACGUACAGACAUACGACAUAUAUAUAUCUAUAUAUAUAUAUAUAUAUAUAUAUGUGCAUUUGUAUAUAGACAAUCGUCUUUUCUAUACGUAAUCAACGCAAUUUCUCGUUCUACUCUAGGCUAGAAUUUCGAUAUUUACAUGUCUCGUUUCAAAGUACAAAAUUUUGGUAAAGAAAACAAAAUUCAAUUGAAAUCGUUGAGAAAAAUAUGUAUUUACAAGAGAUCAUCGGAACUGACUAGAUUUAUAUGCUCAAUGGAUUCGAAAUACUCAUAUAAUGACUCUUUUUUCUUAGAAGUUUAAGCAAAAAGCAUAAUCAACUUUAAUUGAAAAGUUUAAAGCAUUAAGAAGCCGUCAAAUAAACUAGUUUAAAUGCUGCUAAUAUAAUUCGAAA